AUGACAGCCAACAAGAUGAACCGUGUUUGUCUCAAGGAUGACUUCUUGACCAUCGCUUCCAAAAUGGCCAUCCAAUCCACAGUCCUGCUCGUCCUCUGCUUCCUGGCAACAACCACGGCAUAUCUUCCCUUCUUGUCGAGGCGCUUCCCAAUGCGCCUGCCUGUCCCGAUGCGUCGUCUCAUGCCUAUGCAUUAUGGUGGAAUUGGGGGCUACCCUGGAAUGGGGAUACCUCCAGUUUUAGGCGGCAUCAACGCCUUGGGCGGUGGCGUCCUUGGCGGUGGCGGCCUUGGUGGUGGCGUCCUUGGUGGUGGCGUCCUUGGCGGUGGCGGCCUUGGUGGUGGCGUCCUUGGUGGUGGCGUCCUUGGCGGUGGCGGCCUUGGUGGUGGCGUCAUUGGCGGUGGCGUCAUUGGUGGUGGCGUCCUUGGCGGUGGCGGCCUUGGUGGUGGCGUCGUUGGCGGUGGUGUCAUUGGUGGUGGCGUCCUUGGCGGCGGUGUCGGGGUUCCCGGAGUCAUCAACGGCAUUGGCGGUGACUUUAACGUUGUUGGGGGAGGCAUUGGUCAAGGUCAUUCUUCGGUGGUGUACUUGGGAGACGGGCCGGACACACCAGAUCACUAUGUGAUUGGUUGAACGGCUUCGAGAAGACAAAACUCCAAAGAGGGCAUUAAAACUUCUCCUUCAAGACUCGAGGCUGAGCAGUUACUGUUAUAUUAUAACAAAAAAAACUUGGGGUGAAA